AUGAGCAGAUUCUAUCAGCCCAUCGCCAUCAAGAAUCGGAUUCCUCCUGUGUAUGGUAGAGAGGAAUAUGUGGCACAGAUUCACAUAGUCAUCCGCAUGAACCUGCUGCUGCCCUGGAGCUCAUCAUGGUCUGAGACCCAAUCGAGGAGGAACGGCUCAGACUUGGAGUCCCUUGCAGAAAGCACGUCUUCAAAUACCGGCCAACGCAGUAACGUCUCGCACCGCGUCGCUGACAAGACCGUCGUGGAAUAUCCCUGCAUCCUCAAUGUAUCACUCACCAAUGCCGGCGCCGAUGGUGUUUUGAGAGUGAAGCCUUGA